CUAGGGUUUGCCGUUCAUCUUCCCUUUUUCGGUUGCUGUUCGGCUUCGUUGCUUCGCAGGACGUGUAGACAUUGCAGGAGUCGCUUCUACGGCUCCUUCGUUGCUGUUGACUUCGAUCGUUCGACGACUUUUCAUUCCUGUCGGAUCGGAAGUUACGACAUUUUGAUCGGAAGCAACGACGGGAGCUCGCUUGCUGUUAAGUGGCAAGGAGGUAGAUCUAAACCCAUCUUUCAAUGAGAUAGAAAAUAAUCUAUUGAUAAAAAAAGUGACAACGGCAUCACAGGUGCGCGGAAAAUCUGUGGAAUGACUAGAUGCAGAAACUGGGGGAUUUUAAGCUACCUCAGUUCUUCAACUAUCCACCAUAUUUUACGUUGCAACCUAUAAGGGAGACAAGAGAGAAGCAGAUACAGCUAUGGAAGGAAUUGAUACUCGAAUAUUGUAGAAGUCAGAAAAUAUUCAUAGUUGGAUUGGAUGAAGAAUUCUCCCUCUUCUCUAAUCAGUCUAUUGAAAGAUCUCUCAGCCAUGAGUCAAGAGAGGUGUUCCUUUCAGCCUUGGUUUCUGAAGGACGUGCAGAAUGGAUGGACAAAAGUCACAAGAAAUGUCUUAUACUGUGGCUCAAAGUUCAAGAUUGGGCUGACUAUAUUAUAAACUUCGUGAGAGAAAAUGGGCUUGAAGAUAGUGUUAUGACCGUUGAAGAUAUUCGCUCUGGAAUUGAAUCCCGUGGAACCGAGCUUGCUGGUAUUGACCGAGGGGUUCUGAUUCGUGCUCUAAAGUUGCUGGAGCAAAAGGGAAAAGCGGCAAUUUUCAAGGGGAGUUCAACAGAUGAUGAAGGGGUCAAAUUUAAUAUUUAGCAUUUUUAAAUGUACCAUUCCAUUUGUAUUUUUGAAAAUUCAUGCCUUUGACUGAUGGCUUCACCAGGACCAAACUAAAUCUGCACCUAAAACUUCUGUUUUGUAUGCGUUAUUAUUCUUAUCUAAGAAAAUGCUCUCAUAAAUUAAAGGGUGAUUAAAUUCGAAUCAGGAAUUCGGAUAUAUGCAAAUUUAUCCAGGUAUUGUAUAAAUUUGUUUCUUCAUAGAUAUAUACAACUUUUUAAAUGUUUCAGUUUCUUCCGAAAUGCCAUGUGAUGUGUUGUACUCAACUUUAUUGGUUUAGUGAAGACCACUAAUUCAGC